CUAUAUAGUUCAGCAGGCCUGGAGGGACAGGGAGGGACUUUAUAAAUGGUUGGGGUAGAAGUGUUGCUGUAUUAGUCAAGACAGAAGAGUUAAAGAACACAGAACAAACUCUUUAUUAUAGCCCAUGAUGGGUUAUAGGAAGCUGUGCCUGUUACUGCUGUUGAGCAGCUACACUUUGGCUCAGGAAGGCAGUGACAUCAAUGAACAAACUUCAACAUGUCUAUUGGCAUCCAGAUUCAAGGCCUACAAGAAAUAUGUGUACCAGUACACAACAGAGAGCAGAAAUGGUGUAGUGGGCACUGCCAACCUGAGGAACGGCCCCAAAGUCUCUUGUCAGGUCGAGAUCGAAGUCCCCCAAGCAUGCAGUUUCAUCAUGCACACCAGGAACUGUGCUCUCAGUGAGGUGUCGGUCACGGACGCCCAGGGUCAGCCAAUCUACAGGCAGGCCCCUGGCUCGGAGGCCUUCAAGGCUGCCAUGGAAAAGAACCCUCUGAAGUUCACUGUAGAUGAUGUCACCACUGUCCAGCUUUACCCCAAGACAGACGAGCAGGUCAACCUCCUCAACAUUAAGAGAGGAAUUGUCUCGGCACUCAUGGUGCCAGUUGUGGAGGAGGGACAGCGCAGCAUCAUGAGCACAGUGCAUGGCCUUUGUGUUACGGACAACCUGGUGAAUGGCACCACGGAUGUAAAACUGUCCAGAGAUCUCUCUCAGUGUGACCAGUUCUAUAGCAGGGAACUAGCCAACAGCCCCUUGGCCCUGCUGCAGAAAAUGCAUCGUCCAAUGUCAAAGCUUAUUACAAGCACUCAAGACUGUGACUACCAGUUUGAUAACAGGGGAAAGCACAUCUUGAAAGCCACAUGCACAGAAAAACACAUCUACCUGCCCUUCUCCUAUGAGGACAAUGGGAUAUCAUCUGUGGUGAGCCAGGAUGUCAGCUUUCAAAGCUCCAAGAGGAUCAACAACAGAGUAUUUGAUGUGAACCCUAGCCAGAGCAAGCCUCUCCACUUUGAAGACCCUGAUGAUAAAGCUCCAGUCCAGACGAAGGACAAUGCUAUUAGCACACUUCGGGACCUUGUGGAUUUAGCAGGCACAGACCUGGGUGAGAAGAGGCCCAGUCUAUUCCAUAAGCUGGUGUCCAGCCUGCGUGUCCUGAGGAAUGAGACCCUGAGCCAGACAGUCACUGAAAUGCUAGAUAUAUCAGGCUGGCUUACCUGGCAGGCUCUGCUCCAGUGUGGGACUCCGGAGUGCACAAGUGCCAUCCUCCAGGCCAUCAGGACUAUUGAUGGGGUGUCACUAGAGAUGGAUGCUCUAGUCUAUGGGCUGAGUCUACAGGCUAAUCCUGAUAGAGCACGUGUCAGAGAUAUGCUCAGCAUGGCUCAGUAUAAACAGAGCAAGGCAAUCAUGUAUGCUCUGGCCAACACAGUCAAGAAGUUCCAUAAAGGAGAGGUUACUCCAGUGGUCACAGAUGUGUCAAAGUUCAUGGAGACACUCUUAAAAGACUGCUCAGGAGAAAUCCUUGAUGAUAACCAUGAAUUUCCCACUGAUUCUGAUGAGAUGUCCUUCCUUGUACUGAAGGUCGUUGGUGUCAUGGGCGAAGCCAUGCAGGCUGUCAGCCCCAGCUUGAUUUCCUCCAUUUUGCAAUGUGCUAAGAAAACAGACAUUCCUUUAUCUAACCAAAAGGCCGCUAUACAGGCCUUAAGGUUGAUGGACAUGAAUGAUGAGGUCACAAGCAUUGUCAUGGAUGUUUAUCAGGACACGCAGAGCUCCGUUGAAAAACGUAUUGCAGCUUACCUGAUUUUGAUGAAGAGCCCACAUCAAGCCCUUAUUAAAGACAUUGUGAACGAUUUGGAGAACGUGAAUGACGAGCAGCUCAAGAGCUUCCUGGUCUCUCACCUGAACAACAUCCGCAACUCUGAUGAGCCACAGAUGUAUCAACUCAGGGAAUACAUUGAGUUGGCCUUGACAGACCAUCCAUCAGCUCUAAACAUGGUUUUUGAUGGCAUGUCACACAACUACAAAAUAGACUCUCGGCUGGGCUCAGCACACACCAACAUCAUCUUCGAUAGCAGAGAUACUUUACCGAAGGAGGUGAUGCUGGAAACCACACUUAGGGUUUUUGAUUACAACUAUGACAUCUUUGAGGUUGGUGUUGAGGGAACAGGAUUUGAACCAACAAUUGAUGCUCUUUUUGGAGAGAAGGGUUUCUUCCCUGACUCCAUCUCCAAAGUCAUGUACUGGGCCGAGGACAAAGCCCAGGUGCUCAAACCUGUUUUGGACAGAAUCGCCCCGGACAGAAAUAGAAUGAAAAGACAGGUCCCAGAGGAUCUUCUGAAAGACAUCACAAACAGCCUCCAGAAGCUCAUGGAUGAAGUCCGUUUCUCUCAAGCACCGGAGGCCAUCACCUAUUUCCGGCUUCUGGGAAAUGAGAUAGGUUACUUGAAGUCCAGUGAAAUGAGAAAGAUGGUUGAAACUCUAAACAUGUACUACCAUGUUUUCUUCAGGGUUCUACCAGCCAAGUUCCUUUCAUCAUUGGUUUCCAGCACUGACAAUGAGGUCUUUGCCCACUAUAUCUUCAUGGAGAGUGCUUUCUCUCUACCUACUGCCUCUGGCUUCCCUCUUAAGUUCUCAUUGGCUGGUGUGUUUGCACCUGGCGCCAAAGGAGGUCUGGUUCACACGGGUCGUAGCGGGAAAACUAAAUUAUCCUUCAUGCCAUCACUUGGGCUAGAAUUUAUCACACAAAUGGGUGUGCACAUUCCAGACUAUGUGGAGGCUGGGCUUGAGAUGCACACUAAUAUGUACCAUGAGAGUUCCAUCAAUGCUGAGGUCAUUGUGAACAGAAACCAGAUGAGACUGUCCAUACCUGCUCCUAAGUCAAACAUUCAGUUGCUUCGUAUUAGCAACAAGCUGCUGUCAGUCUCCUCCGGUCAAACGGAAAUAGUGCCAUCACUGGUGGAGGACAGGACAGACUCAACUGACUGCCAGCUCCUAUUCAGUGGUUUGAAAUUCUGCAAAAUAAUGCGUUACUCUAAUGCUCCUUCCAUGGACAAGGCCCCAUAUUUCCCCCUGACUGGAGAAACCAUGUUUGCAGUGGAAAUCCAGCCCACAGGAGACAUUUUAGAGUACACAGCCACCAUCACUGUUGAAACACUCAGAGAGGGUAAAAAGGGUCAUCACAAAGUGGACACUCUAAAGCUAAUGGUGAAGGCAGAAGGUGAUGAUUCAACAGAAGCCACUGCAACUCUGAAAUACAACCGCAAUAAGAAAAUUUUCACCUCUGAGGUCGUCAUUCCUAACUAUGAUGUGGAAGCAGGCAUCAAGCUGGCGGUAACUGACAGUGAUGCUAAGGAAAACAAGAUGCGAGGUAUCACCAUUGACAUCACAAACAGGAACAUCCCACAACUGUCUCUUGUUGGACGUACACGGCUUGACAUGAUGAAGAAUGCCAUGCUGCAACUCCAGAUGGUCAUCCCCUCUCUGAAGACAGAUGCGUCUGUCACUGCAACCCUAAAGAGGGAUGAAGAUGUGCUCAUGGACUUAGAUACAAUCAUCACCCUCCCUGAGACAUCGUACCAACAGAGAGCUUUACUCAGAUAUAAUGAUGACAGGUUUGAAGUUGAACUGAAAUCCAACAUGAAUUCAGAGAUUCACAAAUUGAUCCCAGAUGUAACAAAUUAUCAUGAGCAGCUGCAGCAGCUCAUUGACGAUGUCCUGGACCAGAAAGUGGCAAAGUCUGAUAUGAAACUUCGUCACAUAGUCAACAAAGGAAUUGAGGCAGGUAACAUAUGGCUGGACAAAUUAGCAGCACGCCUUCCCUACCUUGCAAACCCACGAAGUAAAAGAAGCAUCUCAGAUCUCACCUUGCCUGCUGUGCCUGAGAAACUGUUUCUACACUUUGACAGCUUGAUUCGUUACCAGUUCAACAAGGAUAAGCUUGCCAUCUCGCUUUCUCUUCCACUUGGAGGCAAAAAGUCAGAGGAACUUAACAUUCCAACCACUUUGUCUAUUCCCCUCAUAGAUUUACAAGAGAUAGGCCUACAUAUCCCUGCCAAAACCUAUCCAUUACCAUCCUUUACUAUACCAGCUUCUUUGGAUUUCACUGUACCCCUUCUUGGUCUGGCAGAAGCCUCCACCAAGAUCAACAGCAAUUUCUACCAAUGGGAAGGCUCCAUCACUGGGGGCAACAACUCUGUUGAUUUCCCCAGCUACAUAGUGCAGUGCAAGGCCAUGGCUCAAUCACCUAUCAACUUAUUGUCAUACAAGCUUGAAGGAACUGGGAUGACGUCUGGAAGAGCUAAUGACUAUCUCAAGUAUCUUCUAAAUACUUCCUUCAGCCAUAGCCUCAUUGACACAAGCUUCAGUGUCAUAGAAACCUUAAGGAUUACAGAUAAAUUGAAGGCAAACGCUAACUAUAAGAUGGAAGCCUCAAGUCCAGUGGGCUUGCAGACCUCUCUCUAUUACUCUGCCCAGUCAACUUCCACUCUAGAUUCAGAUGAAGUCUCGGGAGAUGGCACCCUGGAUGUAUUGCUUAGAAUAGGUUCAUUCUACACCAACUCCUCCUACACAAACAGCUACAAUCUGCGUCCACAAGAUAGAGAGGGAAGAGGAGAGUCCACCCUGCACUUUGACUCGCCAUUCAUACAAAUUCACAACAGAAUCCAUGGAGUCUAUGCAAACUCUGAGUUAAAUAUUGUGUCUAAAACCAAUGCCCAGGAUGACAUCCUCAAGCAUGUAGCAGAGCUCAAGUAUAAGGAUGCACAACUUAUCCUAAAAUGCAAUGCUAUUGCCACAGUCAUGGAAAAAUCUGUCAGUAACAGAAUUGAACUUGGUGUGUCUGAUCAUAUGGCCAUCCUCCGAAUUGAGUCACAGGCAGAUGAUGAAACAAAUAGGGCCUACUCACUUAUAACCGGAUCCCUGGAUUUGAAUGGAGUUGAGGUGAACUCUGAAGGUUCCCUCACAUUUGCCACAGGUCGUGGAUUGCACAAAGCUUCUGUUCUGUUUGGAAGAAAUGGUCUGACCACAAGUGGAACUAACGGCAUUCAAUGUAGCCCUGUGACCAUAGAGAAUAUUUUCAAUGGUGCCAUAGACAACAAUGGUGCUUCCCUGUCCUCCUGGACCAAAGCAAUGGCUGAGGAGAGCCGCGGAGAACUGAACAUUGAGGGUAAAGUCACAGGUGUGGAGGCCUCUUUGCAUGGCAUACUCAAGGGCAAUGCAUAUGAUGCAACCACAAGAAACAACGUGGAUAUUGUCCUCAACCAUCGAGCUCUGAAUUUCGCGAGCAAUACCAUGGGAACAUUGAAUCAGAUGAAAACAGAAAAUAGCCAAACGCUGACUCUCACUCUGUGGACCCUAGCUCUUACCUCAAAGACUAACAGCAUCAUCUGUGAAGAUGUUUACUACAAGCACAAUACCAAUCUUGAUAUGAAGCCAUUUGUUGCAUCAGUUGACAUGACAAAUGACCUCAGAUUAUAUGACGUCAGUUUGAAAAAUGAAGGCCACAUGAAGCUUGAGCCAAUUAAGUUGGAUAUGAGUGGAACAAUAAUGGGAGCAUAUAGAGAAGAACACAACAUUAAACAUUCAUAUGAACUGACCUAUGAAGAUAUGGUUGGUACAAUGCAAUUCAGCCUGUCUGGAGAUACAAUGGAUGCCCAGCUAAGUCACAACUGUGAACUUGAGUUUGCUGGACUUUCCUCAAAGUCAAAAUGUGAAGCAAGAAUAAACUCGAAGCCACUACGUUUGGACAGCACCAUUCGCACCAUGGUAGUGCCUUUCAGUGUCACUAUUGAUGCUCUUGUCAAUAGUGAUGGAGAAAUUAAUCUAUAUGCAGAGCACACUGGACAACUAUACAGCAAGUUGUUAGUGAAAGCUGAGCCUUUGGCUCUUGCAUACUCACAUGACAGCCGGGUGUCAAGCACACACUUCCUUCCAAGCGGAGAGUCUUCCACUAAUUUAGACAGCAAUUUUGAUGGCCUCCUGGCACCGAAUAACCAAUAUAUGACCUGGAAAGUAAAAUCUAAACUGAACAACCAUGCAUACAACCAGGACAUCACUACUUACAAUAAUCCUGAGAAGAUUGGUUUAGAGUUUUCAGGAGCAAUAUUAACAGACAUUUUGAGCAAACUGAGCAAAGACCAGAGAUCACAACCAGAAACAGAAGAGUUCAAUGUGGCUGGUUUCCUGAAGUAUGACAAGAACAGUGACUGUCAUAUCAUUGAUAUCCCGUUCAUUGAGAGCCUUCCUGCUGCUUUUGAGAGUCUCAAGAACACACUUGUACAAGCGUUAGAAUCUCUUCAACAUUUCAUCAACAAUUUAAAUAUUAAUCAGCUGGUCACUGACUUUAGAGGAAAGUUAGAUUUACUACCAAUGCAAGUGAGGGACUUCAUGCAAAAGAUUGAAUUAGAGAACAAAGUGAAUCAAGUAAAAGCAAAACUAGAUUAUUUGAUCACUGAAUUUGCAGUAACAAUUGAUGACUUGGAGCUUGUGAUCAACAAUUUGAAAAUUAACUUGGAAAACACAGUGAUGGACAGUGCCACUAAAAUAAGAGAGCUCAUCCUUACAGUAAAAAACAAUCUCAAGGAAGGACAUCUUUCUGCCAAGAUAACCAAUUUUCUCUCAAAGAUUGGAAAUCAUCUUCAAGCCUUUGAUGAGAAGUAUGAAAUCAAGCCAUCGCUUAUCAAAGCACUUCAUGCCAUUGAGGACAUUAUCCGACAGAUUAAUUUACAGAAACUCACAGAAACCAGUGCUGCAUGGCUGCAGCAGCUUGAUUCUAAAUAUAGAAUAGUAGAACUAUUAAAAGACAAACUGUCUGAACUAAAACAGACAAUUGAGAAGUUAGACAUCAACAUGUUUUUCCAAGAUGUAAAUGACUACCUUCUCUCAAUAAAUUUGGCCAUGUAUUUUGAGGAGCUACCAUAUCAAAUUCCCUCUUCGGAAAUAGCAAAAGUGAUUGAAUCUAUGAAUGAUGUUAUCGUUAACUGGAUUGAUGAAUAUGAAAUCCCCAACAAACUCAAUGGUGUGUAUGCCUACAUUAGGGAUCUACUUUUAAAAUACAAUCUUGACAGUAAACUUAAAGAAUUAAUGGAUCAUAUGGUGAUUCUUGUCAAGGAGUUAAAAAUUGAAGAGACUGUUCAGUCUGUAGCAGAUGCUUUGAAAUCUAUCAACAUUGAAUUUGUUUAUGAUAAAACUAUGCAAUUCCUUCACAGUGUGACGAGCCAGCUUAGAGCAACUGACUUUAAGAAAAACAUUGAUGCCCUUAAUGAACAAAUAUCAUCAAUUCUAAAGUCAAUGAAGGAAUUUGAUCACAGUGCAUUUGUUGAUGAGAUCAACAACAGAAUAGCUGACCUAACAAACUAUAUCAACGAGCAAAUAAAAACAUACGAGAUAGUUCAAAAAAUUGAGGCCAUUAGGGAUUUCUUUAGAGAGCUUCAAAACUCCAUGUACACAUAUUUGGAUAAACUCAAAAACACAAAUAUUGCAGAAGCUGUAAAGAAACUAAAAAAUGUGAUCGACACUACAUUUUACAAUGACAUUAAGAUGAAAGUGCAGGAUCUCCUUGAGGACAUGAGACAAAGAAUCCUUGAUAUGGAUAUCAGAGAUGAAAUGUACAUUCACAUCCAAAGAGCCAGUGAAUCCUACAGCAAUAUUGUUGCCUACAUUACUGUGCAAUUUAACCAGCUGAUAGAGAAGAUAAGACAAGUGGUAAAUGACAAUAAGGUAAUUUCCCAGAUAAAGCACUCUGUAGAUAGAGUUUUGGAUGCACUGAAAAGAGCAGAGAUUGAAGUUGGCACCUUUACUUUACCUCUAACUGACCUUGUCAUUCCGUCAUUUAUCAUCAAUCUGAACAGACUGCAGGAGAUUAACAUCCCAGCUCAAAUAUUAGUCCCUGAGUUUACUAUUCUGAACUCCUACACGAUCCCUGCCUUUACCAUAGACUUCAAUAAAAUCAAAGCAAAGAUUGUUGCAGUCAUAGAUGACAUCAAAGAAUUUGAAAUCCAAAUGCCUGACCCUGAGGAAAUAUUUGGUGACCUAAAAUGUCUGUACCUAUUGAACCUACCAGAUUUAUCAUUCUCAGAAAUAACUCUUUCAGAAAUUAAAUUUCCAGUCAUCGUCAUCCCCAAAUUAAAUGUAAAGGACUUUGAAAUCACAAUGCUAACAAUUCCAGAUAUCAAUUUGCCUCAGGUUCCCAGUGACAUAUGUAUCCCAAUUUUCGGUAAACUCCAUGGAGAAUUUAGAGUGAGUUCCCCACAGUAUACUCUUGUAACCACAGGAAAGAUUGAAAACUCAACGUCCACACCAAAAAACCCACAGUUCACAGCCACUAUUAUCUCUCAUGCAAAAUCGCCAAUUGAGCCCCUUGAAUAUAACUUUGAAGCCACUGCUCAGUUGGGUGCUCCCAGAAUGAAGAAGCUGCUAUUCACAGAAACAGUUAAAGCUACACACAUGGCCUUCUCCAUUGAUCAUGAGGGAUCCAUAACACUUACAGGCACUUCUGCUGAGGCUUUUGCCAAGACUAAUACCAAGGUCACAACCCAAAUGUACACAGCAGACUUGGUCAACAAUAUGUCACUUACUUUGAAGAGUGGAAUCUAUGCAGCCAUAGACACAACGUACAAUCACAAUGCGGACAUCCCAUUAAUUGAAACUUCAAGUCAGGCAUCACUGAAACAGAAUAUUGCUGCUGCAAUAGAAUCUGGCAGAAUUGCUGUGACUGGGGAAUCUUCUGGUAAUGGCAAGUGGUCCAUUAAAGACUACUCUGAUGACGGCACACACACAAGCAAUAUAGAUUUAAACAUCAAUUUCAGCACUGCCAAGUUAAUAUUUGCUGGAGAAACAGACUGUAAGGCUUUGAAAUCAAAGCAAUCGCUGACUGCUGAAUCAGAAAGCUUAAGCCAUAUUACUGUAGAAGCACGAUGUGAAACUGAAGUCCCCUCUAUCAAGAAAAGUGUUAUGGUUUUAAAUGCACAGACACAUAUUGGUGACUUGAAAGUUGCACUGACUGCCUCUCAUGAUGCGGAAUUCAUUGGGAGUCUGACUGGAUCCAUGUCCAACUCGUUGGACUUUUUGGCACAUCCAUUUGAGAUUGUGCUUGACAUUAAGAAUAAAGUAAACUCAAGAAUGUCUCUCCCCUUAAAACUCACUGGUAAAGUGGAUCUCCAGCAUGACUAUGGAGUCAUAGUAAAUGCUGACAAGCAGCGUUCCUGUUGGUUUGCCCUGGCAAGAUUCAACCAGUACAAGUACAAUCAUAACUUCACAGCAGAAAACAAUGAUGUAGACAUCUUCUUUUACUCAUCAGCUACUGCAGAGGCUAAUCUGGACUUUCUGACUGUUCCUCUCUCUAUCCCAGAAAUAGUGGUCCCUUAUCUUGAAAUUAAAACCCCUGAGGUCAGACAUCUAUCUCUGUGGGAGGAGGCUGGAUUCAAAACCCUACUUACCACUCCUCAACAGUCAUUCGAUAUGAGCCUGAGGCUUCAUUACCACAAGAAUCCCGAUUUGCACAGCAUUGAAUUACACCUUGAACCAAUCUACAAUGCCAUCAGUGAUAACGCUAACAUCAUUCAGGCCCAAUUUGAACAUUCAAGAGACAAAGUAGUUGUGCUUCUAAAAGAUUCAUACAAUCGGGCAAAGUCACAGUAUAUCAAACACAAAAUUGACACUUCUAGCCUGCCUCCAAGAAUCUUCACAUUACCUGGAUACAAAAUACCUAUACUAAAUAUUGACGUUUCUGCAUUCAGUGCUGAGAUGCCGGCUUUUAGCUACUUUGUUCCUAAAGAGGUCAGUACACCAAGCUUUAAACUUCCAGCACUGGGUUUCUCUGUACCAUCUUAUACCCUUGUGCUACCAUCUUUGGAGCUACCUGUCAUCCAUGUUCCAGAAACUCUAAGUGAAAUAAAGCUGCCCACAUUUACACUGCCAACCAUUCAGAACAACAUUGUGAUUCCAGCCAUGGGUAACACAACUUGUGAUUUCUCCUUCAAAUCCACAGUGAUUACCUUGAGUGCUAAUGCUGGCCUGUACAACCAGGCAGACAUUGUUGCUCGGUUUGGUGCUUCCUCAACAUCUGUGUUUGAUGUUUUAAAUGGAAAAAUGGAUGGCACAACCAGUCUGACAAUGAAGAGAGGACUAAAACUUGCCAGCACUAUAUCCAUUGAGCACAACAAUGUGGAAGCAAACCAUGAAUGUGCGGUUAGUGUCACAAAAAGGAGCAUGGAAGCUUCCUUAGCUAACAAUGCAAAAAUCAAUCUACCCUUCUUCUAUUUAGAAGUCAGCCAAGAACUCAUCGGAAAUACCAAUAUCAAGCCAACUGUUGCCUCCAAGAAAAAACUAAAAUACAUGUUUAACAUUCCACUGCUUGAAUCUGUAGGCAAAGGAAACCUUGAUAUAAACUGGGCACUGGAGGCACUUUCUUCCUAUCUUUCACUGGAAAUGUCUACCCAAGGGAAGACCGACAUAACAACAAUGGGAAGUUAUAAUUUUAUUGGAUACCUAGAGAAUGAGGCCAUAUUCUACCUUAAUGCCAACCACCUGCGUUCAACUGUCAAGACAACAUUAAACUCAAACAUUAAGAAAGAAGAGAAGCAAAAACGAAGCUUAAACCAUAACAUAUUCCAGGUCGACUUGAACAAGAACUUGGCUCUUGAAGUUUCCUCUCAGCGAAUGUUUGCAACAAUGGAUUACAUGUGCAAUAACAAUGUUAAAUCAGCAUCUUUCAACACAAAUGGACAACACAUUGUCAAAGGAGAAUUGGAAUUUGUUCCUUUAACAAACCUCAAGGCUAUGUUGAACAUUGAUUCAAGUCAGCCAAGUAGUUGGGUGGAUGUUGGACUGAUUCAGAGCAUCAACCUGGCCAUCAGCUCAGAGAAGCAGUCCCUUGCCUGGAGUGGUAAGGAACAACUGACAUCUCUUACCCAUGCUUGUGAUUUAUUCAUGUCGAACGAUGAAUCUCAGGUACGCAUGGAUUUGACUGAAUCAGUGGAAGGCCACCUAGCUUUCUUGAAGGCAGUUAAGCUACCUGUUUAUCAGAGGACCCUCUGGGAUGUGCUACAAUUUGACAAGGUCACAACUAUGGACAGCUUACAAUUCCUUAACAUAUCUUAUGGCUUUGUGUAUACAAAGUCUCCGGAAGGCCAGGAGUAUGCAAUACCAUCUAAACUAUUUGAAAAUGGAAUCACUUUUAGCAUUCCUGAAAUUCGCAUUCCUUUACCAGCUUGGGAAGAACAAAUUUCACACUCCAUUAAGAACAUAGAUAUGCGAUUUGAAACCUCUGAUGUUCCUGAUCAUCUAAGUCUUCCACCUGUGAUCUCAAUUCCACCCUUUGAUUUACCAUUCACCAAUUUACAUAUGGAACCAUUUACAAUUGAUCCAAAGAACCUGAACAUUCCAAAGGAAAUUACCACCCCAGCCUUUGAAAUCAUGCUUCCUGGUUUGCCAAUAAUGUCAGUGCCCAGUUACGAUAUUAAUAUUGAGUAUCUACAAGGGAAAAUGUCAUUCCUUUCAUUCAAAAUUCCAAAAUAUGAAAUCACAGUCUCAUCUUUCACACUGCCAAAAUCUUUUAGCUUUGGACAGCAUACCAUCAGUCUCGAUGAGGUUACACGACAGAUUUCAAACUUUGAACUUCCAACAAUUACAAUUCCAGAGCAAAGAAUUGAAAUUCCUGAAAUUGCCCUACAUUUUCCAGCAAGCGUGUUUAUCCCAGCUUUUGGGGCUCUUAGUGCCACUCUUAAGAUGUCCUCCCCUAUCUAUAAUGUAUCAACAACUGCCAAUCUGGAGAAAAAGGACUCUAGCCUUGCAACCUCACUGAAUUCCUUGUGCACUUCUACAAUGAUCUUCUUGGAAUAUGACUUUUCUGUCACUGCAAACCUUGGAUUUGAUAAUGGAGGAAUCGAUGUAAAUGGGAAAGGGAACUUAAUCCACAAUGAUGUAAAUGUUAACUGGCAACAUGUUUUGGCACGCAACCUGAGAAUGAAACGCCAAACUCCUCUGCCUGACUCGAUGGAGUCUCGUCAUACUCUUAAUGUGGACAUCACCAGCCCAACAUUUAGUGAUGUGAGCUUCCGCUUCGCUUCCCGCAAAGAUGGCAUCACAGCCUCCAUGUCUUCUUCAACAUCCGGCUUCCUUGGACUGCAAUUUCAGCGAAAGUCUCCAUCACAAGUGAUUGGAAAACUGUUCAGUCGCUACCUGUCUACUCCUGAGAAGGAUACUGAUGUUUUCACUGCCAAAGCCACAUUGAGAAGCUCUCAGAAGUUAAUCUUACAGAUGUCAUGGAAUCUGGAUUUCCUCAAUGAUGCUAUUGAGGGUACCAAGGAGAGGAUUCCUGCUAUGAACAAUGCUGUACUCAAAUUCAUUAACAAGUAUCACACUGCCCACUUUGGCUUUGACCUCAACCGAGGCAACAUGAAGCUAAAAAACACAGUUUCCAAUGCCAUCGAGAGAGUCUACAAUGAGGUCCCUAUAUCUCUUAACUCGCUGCAGAGUUCAAUCCAACACCUUGGGGAGUCAAUAAAUGUGAAGGUUGUUUUAGACAAACUACCUCACGAGGCUGAACAAGUGUUGCAGCGCGUUGAUAGACAUAUAAUGGCCUUGCUAAUUGAAGUCAAAGAGUUGUUGAACGCCACAAAAUUUACAGUGCCUGGAUCUGAAGAGACGCUCUCGACAUUAGACAUGUUUGUUCACGCUCAUAGGUCUGUAUCAAUAGCCACUGACACGGCAAUCCAAAGGUUUGCCCGCCUCAUGGAGGAGGUUUCUAGAUACAUCAGGGAGAUUGAGUUCACCAUACCUGGAACCGAGGUUAUUGUCAAUGUAAAGGAGAUCAUAGAAAAACUGGAGUUUACUACCAGAUCUGCAUAUGAUCAGCUAAGAGACUCACUGCGUAGGGGGUUCAGUUUGCUUCAUGUAACAGUUAAUAGCCUCUUUCAAGUGAUUGUUGAAAAGACCAAGAAUAUUAUUACCUACCUGAAAGAUGAAAAGGUAGAAAUUGCUUCUCAAGUUGACGCUGUCUAUGGAGAGGUUCUGAAAUCUUCAAAACACCACAUUGAGAAGGCAAAGAGACGGAUGGGUGACUACAAAGACCUUACUAAACUAAAGAUUCAAGAGGCUUAUAAUGCUUUAAAUAUGGAAAGUGCAAAUAACAAUACCAAGGAGUUUAUUUCUAUUUUGCAAUCACAUCUCUAUGGAGGACUUAAUGAGGGUGUAGAUCUAAUGAGAAGGGCAUCACAGAACACAGCUCCAUACAUUAGAGUGACCAAUAAAAAGACUGAAAUUGAAAUUCCCUUACCCUUCCGUUGGAAGUCUUUCAGCAACUGGCCAAUGUGAUCCAGUCAGUGAAUCAUGGAUUUCUUCAUCAAGGCUAACAACAUUUAUGUCCGGAUAAAAAAAAGGAUUUUUUGUACAUUGCCAAUAAAUAUUAGUUUAAAGGAAUUUUAGUUCUUAUGAAAUAUUAGUUAUUCUCAAGUGAUAUUGCUUUAUACUUGACAAUUUAUACCGUUAUGCCCAAUUAAUGUUUAGCAUGUAUUGAAAGAUUGUUUGAUGAUGGUGGUCAAUUAAACAAUAAUAAAAACAAAUGUUUGCAUUUCUCA